CGCCAGUGUUGGAACCCGCCCGGCGUGACAGACAGACCAACUCGUGCCUCCGCAAUGGCUGCAAUUAAGACGCUAAAUCCCAAAGCCGAAGUGGCGAGGGCGCAGCAGGCUCUUGCUAUCAACAUUUCUGGUGCGAGGGGCAUCCAGGAUGUCCUCAGGACGAACCUGGGACCAAAAGGAACCAUGAAAAUGUUGGUAUCUGGGGCUGGAGACAUUAAGAUCACAAAAGAUGGAAACAUUCUACUUCAUGAGAUGCAAAUCCAGCACCCAACUGCAAGCAUGAUUGCCAAAGCCUGCACUGCCCAGGAUGACAUCAUAGGAGAUGGCACCACCUCGACUGUCCUACUCAUUGGGGAGAUGCUCAAACAGGCAGACAUUCAGAUCCAGGAUGGACUCCACCCAAGACUUAUUGCCGAGGGAUUUGACCUUGCAAAGGUUAAAGCACAGGAGGUGCUGGACCAGGUGCGUCUCAAGGAGGAGAUGACACGUGAGCGGCUGUGUCAGGUGGCUCGCACAGCUCUACGCACUAAAGUCCACUCAGAUCUGGCUGACAAGCUGACAGAAGUGUGUGUAGAUGCUGUAUUGGCCAUCAGAGAAGAGGGCAAACCUCUGGAUCUACACAUGGUUGAAAUCAUGGAUAUGCAGCACAAGACUGAAAUGGACACACAGCUGGUCAAAGGCUUGGUCAUGGACCAUGGAGGCCGACACCCUGAUAUGCCCAAGAAGCUCAGCAAUGCCUACAUCCUCACCUGUAAUGUCUCCAUGGAGUAUGAAAAGACUGAAGUCAAUUCUGGAUUCUUCUAUAAAUCUGCUGAAGAAAGGGAAAAGCUUGUGGCAGCCGAAAGAGAGUUUAUUGAAAACAGGGUAAAGAAGGUGAUAGAGCUAAAGAAGAAAGUUUGUGCUGACAGUGACAAGACGUUUGUUGUCAUUAACCAGAAGGGCAUUGACCCUAUGUCCCUUGAUUUGCUUGCGAAGGAAGGCAUUCUUGGACUCCGGCGGGCCAAGCGACGCAAUAUGGAGAGGCUUGCCCUUGCUUGUGGUGGAAUGGCCAUGAACAGCUUUGAUGACAUGACAGAAGACUGUCUUGGCUUUGCUGGCAGUGUCUACGAGCAUGUACUUGGAGAGACUAAGUACACCUUUGUGGAGGAACUGAAGAAUCCCCAUAGUGUGACAAUUCUCAUUAAGGGACCAUACAAACACACUCUUGUUCAAACUAAGGAUGCAAUUCGGGAUGGCCUGCGAGCCAUCAAGAAUGCCCUUGAUGAUGGUUCCCUUGUUCCUGGUGCUGGUGCCUUUGAGAUUGCAGCAUAUGAUGCUUUAAUGAAAUACGAAAGUGAAGUAAAGGGUCGUGCCAGAUAUGGUGUGCGUGCCUUUGCAGAUGCCCUUCUCGUGAUUCCUAAAACUCUAGCUAGCAAUAGUGGGUAUGACCCUAUGGACAGCCUAGUCAAGUUAAGGGAAGAGUACAAGAACAGUGGAGGAACAGCGGUUGGUCUGGACAUCACUACGGGUGAAGUGCUUGAGCCUACUGUGGCUGGAAUAUUUGAUAACUAUUGUGUGAAGAGGCAUAUGCUGGAUGCCUGUUCCGUUAUUGCUCGAAAUCUCUUAAUUGUCGAUGAAAUUAUGAGAGCUGGGCUGUCACAGUUGAAAUAGACACAGCAGUGCUAAUGAUAAUUAGCAUUAUUAAUAUAAUAGAUAUUUUGUAUUCAUUUCAGCACUGGCGCCUGCUUUCCUGCUCGAUCAACCGCAUUCCUUACCAGUGUUUUCUCACCAAAAGCUUUACCAGUCACAACCUCACAUGGUCUUACUUACUAAAUGUAAUCUUUUUCAGUUAAUAAAUAACAUCAAUAAUAUUUAAAACUUCUUUA